AUGGCUGCGGACAGCCGCCUUUCACUGAACGAUUUCGACUGUGCGAAACAUGUCGCCUACUUCAAGCAGCACGCGAAGAAGCUGCCAGAACCGUACAAGACCAUGGACACCAACCGACUGACGCUGCUUUAUUUCAGCGUUUCUGGGCUGGACUUACUGGGGAAGCUGGACGAGCUGGAUCGGGAGCAAACCAUCGAGUAUAUCUAUUCCUACCAGUCGCCGCUACCGGACCAUGGCGGCUUUUAUGGCUGCCCCCGUGUGGAUUUCCAAAGUGCAGAGACCGACAAGUGUAACAACCAGCCACACAUCGCCAACACCUACGUCGCACUUGUGAUGCUGAUCAUUCUUGGCGAUGAUCUCCGCCGUGUCAACCGAAGUUCGAUUGGCCAUUCACUGCGGAAGUGGCAGCUGGAUGACGGGAGUUUCUGUUGUGUACACUGCAUUUCCAGCCUGGACAGCGAGAGUGACAUCCGCUUCGUCUACUGCGCGGCCACGAUCUGCUACAUCCUAGACCUCUGGCAUGCCAUUGACGUCGAGGCGAUGACUCGGUUUAUCUACGCCUCACAGUCCUAUGACGGUGCCUUUGGCAUGGGCCCAGGAGCCGAAUCGCAUGGAG